CCACACACGACACGACGACUCCCACUCCCACCCCCACCCAGCGAUCCUUGCAUUCCAUCUCCAUGGCCGGCUCUGCGGCGCGCAUCUACGCCGGCCUCGCGCCCACCACCACCACCAUGAUGGUGGCCGCGACCGCGACGACGCUCUUCUCGCCCCGUCUGCGACCACCACCGCGACCCUCUCCUUCUUCAAGCAUAUACCACCUGCACCGCGGCAGAGGCUGCUGCGGGGCGCGCAACGCCGACCUCCGCUGCCGCCGCCGGCUCCUCACGGCGCGGGGCGAGCGCCCGCCUCCCGACGACGACGACGAGGAGGAGGAGGAGGACCCAUCGUCGUCGGCAACUGCUGCUGGGUUCGACGCGGCGGUGGCGCUGUUCAACCGCGGCGAGUACCACGCGUGCCACGACGUGGUGGAGGAGCUCUGGUACGGCGCCGAGGACCCCGCAAGGACGCUCCUCCACGGCCUCCUCCAGUGCGCCGUCGGCUUCCACCACCUCUUCAACCAGAACCACCGCGGCGCGAUGAUGGAGCUCGGCGAGGGUCUCUGCAAGCUCCGCAAACUCAACCUCCACGACGACGACCCCUUUUCCCGGUUCCGGGAGGAGGCCGCCGACGUGCUGCAGUUCCUCUACCGCACCCAAAAGGAGCUCGCCGCCUGCACCGAUUACCUUUGCUUAACCAUGGAUGGCUCGCCGAGCUCGUACCAGCUGCUCGGCAACUUCGCCGCCGGCCAGCAACUCUACCGCUUGGAACCUGCUGACGAUACAGACGUUGGCGCUUCAUCAAGCGUAAUCGUCUUCUCCGUAUCUGACGAUCGCACUGCACAAGCGGCUCCUCCCAGAGUGAAACUUCCAACAUUACAUGCCACGGAGCAAAAUCUGACAGAUCUUCAACGUGACUACCAAUAUACAUAGCUAGCGCAUCAAGUUGUAUCUUUAAUUCAGCUGACAAGUUUACCUCAAGUGGCUGAAAUCAUUCAUCUAACAAUGUGUAUGUGUAUGUAGCCUACCUAGCACAUCAAGUUACGUUUUCAGCUGAGGUCCGGUCAAAUAGCUGAACCAUUGACCAACCAAUAUAUGUUGCCUAGUAGCCCUUAAAAAAUAAAUAUAUGUUGCGUAACUCACUAAUUUA